CUGCCCUGCUUCCUUCCACACGACUCCUCUGCCGCGAGUCAAAGGGUCGCAGCAGGGAGGGGCCUCCGGGCUCCCGCUCUGGUUCCGUUCCUCCCUCCCUUCCCCCCGGCCCCGCCCGGGUCUCUCUCUCGCGCGCUCUCGCUCGCUCACUGCGGCUGCGGGCGGCAUCCCUCGCCAAGGAAGAAGAGGCACCAAGCCCGGCGCCGCCGCCGCCGCCGCCAGCCCAUCCCGCUCCUGGGGCAGAUGCAGGCCAUCAAGUGUGUGGUCGUGGGAGACGGGGCUGUGGGGAAGACCUGUCUGUUGAUCAGCUACACGACAAAUGCCUUCCCCGGAGAGUACAUUCCCACUGUAUUUGAUAACUAUUCUGCCAAUGUCAUGGUAGAUGGAAAGCCAGUAAACCUGGGUCUGUGGGACACAGCAGGACAAGAAGACUAUGACAGGCUGAGGCCUCUUUCCUACCCCCAAACAGAUGUUUUCUUGAUCUGCUUCUCACUGGUGAGCCCAGCAUCUUUUGAAAACGUCCGAGCCAAGUGGUACCCAGAGGUUCGACAUCACUGCCCCAACACACCAAUCAUCUUGGUGGGCACCAAGCUGGAUCUGAGGGAUGACAAGGACACAAUUGAGAGACUGCGUGACAAGAAACUGGCUCCUAUUACCUACCCCCAAGGCCUAGCUAUGGCCAGAGAAAUUGGUUCCGUGAAGUACCUAGAGUGCUCUGCCCUUACACAGCGAGGCCUCAAAACUGUCUUUGAUGAAGCCAUCCGUGCUGUGCUCUGUCCUCCACCUGUGAAGAAACCUGGCAAGAAGUGCACUGUGUUCUAAGGGCAUCUGAGUUCAGCAUGUUAUGGGUGUCUCCUCCUUGUAUGUGCGAGGAGGAAGAGGUCGCUGGGUGUGCCCGCAACAGGAGAGGCGGGGCCCUUCAUCAUGUACGAAGUCAGUGUUUUUUAAAUGUCUCUUUGAUUUAACGUCUGUGUUGAUGUAAAAGGGCCGCAUGGGAGGAGGAGGAGCUCAAUGCUGUCCCCCCCAGGGCGGAGCAGUGGGAAGAGCAUGCUCCCCAUAACUCCAUGCCGGGGGUAGUGCGUGAAUGGAAAGACCAGCCCUUUAUUAUUACUGCUUCUAUUGGUGCUAGAGCAUUGUGAUGGGAGCAGGUAACAAACCCCAGCUGGGGCAGGAAAGAUGAAUGGGAUACAGGUUGAAGUAGUAGCAUUUAAUGCUUUAUUUGUGCCAGACACUAGCUAAAUGAUCAGUGCAGCUCUAUGCCAUCCAAAGCUGCCCCUGCCUUUCAGGGCAUCAGCCUGUGUGCUCCUCCUGAGCUGGUUUUACAGACCAUCGACUCUUCCAAAGAUGGAUAGUCAGGGGAAGAGAAAAGUCUCUUUAUUUUGUCCAACUAGGCAGGACAGGGCCAGAUGACAGGAGCCUUUCUGUAAGUUUAAAAGAAAAGGCAGGUGGGAGGGUGAUGGCCAACCCCUUUCUUAUGUUAGGUGGGAUGGACUGGGGGGUAGAGCAGGGAGAGCUUUGGGGGGGGC